UGCAUUCGAUAUCGCAGUCUAUCGUAAUAUUUGCUGGGCGUUUCACAAUUUUUUUUGUGAAACAAAACAAAGCUCUUUAAAAAGGACAAGAUGUUAGUUUUGGUACUUGGCGACCUGCACAUUCCGCACCGAUGCAGCAGUCUGCCGGCCAAGUUCAAGAAGCUGCUGGUGCCGGGCCGCAUCCACCACAUCCUGGCCACCGGGAACAUUUGCACCAAGGAGUCCUACGACUAUCUGAAAUCCCUGGCCAACGAUGUACACAUAGUGCGUGGCGAUUUCGACGAGAAUCUCACGUACCCGGAGCAGAAGGUGGUCACGGUGGGCCAGUUCCGGAUUGGACUGUGCCACGGCCACCAGGUGGUCCCACGCGGCGAUCCCGAGGCACUGGCCCUCAUCCAGCGACAAUUGGACGUAGACAUCCUCAUCACAGGACACACGUACAAAUUCGAGGCCUACGAGCACGGCAACAAGUUCUACAUUAAUCCUGGAUCAGCGACCGGUGCCUUCAAUCCGCUGGACACCAAUGUGGUGCCCUCGUUCGUUCUCAUGGACAUCCAGAGCACCACGGUGGUCACGUACGUUUACCAACUGAUUGGCGAUGAGGUCAAGGUGGAACGGAUCGAGUACAAGAAAUCCUAGGGUCCCAGUAUUAGCCACCAGCCAUUCCCAAACCUCACAACAUACCCCUUGAUCCCCGCGAGCUUGGCUUUAUUAAACAAAUUGUAAAUGUACGUAGCAAUAAAUCAAGUUCACAUUUUUUUAUCUGAUAAAAA